CCGUGAUAUACAUGAACAUCCUCCUUAUACGUCCAUUGGUCAACUACACUGUACUAUGUACUAACCCCAAAACUCGUCAUUUACCGCAACAUGGUGCCUUGCAACGCACUACGAGUACUACUCCCUCCGAGUAGUGUUACACAACUGGACCGCAACUACAUCCUUGUUAUCGCAGCAUUUGGAUCCACGCCGCCAGCGGUGUCACAUCGCGGGCGUACAUGGCAGCCCCUGUGCGGAUGUUUUCAAAGAACAAACCCAGUGGGCGGGCAAACGCGCCUUGGGGCGGCCGGCCAAGAACGCUUCGACCGCCGUGACGGCUUGUUCCGUCUGGAAGUUGGCGAUGGGCACACGAUGAUCUGCGAGUACUGUGCGCUCAAAGCGUCCCACUUGGCCUGCGCAUACUCCCAUGCGACAGUCGACCCGUCGGCUGCGACACUGCCGAAAACGCUGUGGAUGUCCUGGCUGCGGACACCUCCCGCCAUGGCCCACUCCAACGCGCGGGUUUAGAGCUUCACAGACGGAAACCGGCCCAGCGCGCCCAGCACAUGCAGCUUUUCAUCGAUAAAGUCGCUGGUUUCGAACACCUGGAGGAGGUGCGCAAACGAAGCGUUGGGCUCGGACGAUGUGCGCACGUGGAUGCAGUACACGAUCGAGCGCAAGUUGGCCGAGAGUGAUGCUGGGGCGGAAAUGCAGCGUGGAAGAGCGCCGAGGCUUCCGCCACCAUGGCCGGGUCGUUGGCAGCAGCCAUCAUGGCAACGUCAACUGGCCCAUCACGACAACGCACAGCCGCCGCCGAUAUUUGCCGUCACUGCCACGUUGAGUUGGGGCAUCUAUUUCCGAACAAGGGAGUUCAAGGAGCCCGGGCUCCUCGACGCAUACUAAGCUCAUUACAAAACAUAAAUGUCAGCAUUCGUUGUUCAUGUCGGUCAUACAGAUCUCGUUGGCAAGUUGCCAAGGGAUGCCAUCAUAGACUUGGAUCCCGGGAGCGCGAAUGAGAUUCAAUCACGAAGCUGUUAUGCCUGCCGUGACCACGUACGAAGCCCGAAAGUGUCGGG